AUGGCAGCAAGCUCAGAAGAGUCGGGGACAUCGAGUUGGUACAGGGUCCCUACCUGGUCGGGCAAUCCGGCCGAGUGGAGGACUUUCCGCCGAGAGAUGAAUUGGUGGAUUGCCUCCUUGGACAGCGAAAGCUGUAAGAAGUUCAACGUUGCAGCCCGUUGGGCCUUGAGACAACAUGGAGUUGUUCGAGCUCGAUGUGAGGAAUUUGAUCCGUCGGAGUUGGUUGGCAUCCAAGAGGAAUCCAUGGAAGAUCCAGAAACAAAAGAGAAGAUCAUUGUGACACCUGCCGACCCUUUUGCUGGACUCACCAAGCUGAUGGACGCCUUGGAGGCUACCGUUGGAAAGUCGAGCUUGGACCGAAAAGGUGAACUUCGCGCCAUGUACUAUCAAGAGAUCAAAAGAAAUGCUGGCGAAAGGAUUAGUGCAUUUUGCACACGGUUCAGAACGCUUGCUGCAGAUCUCAAAAGAGAAGGCAUUGCAAUGCCUGAGGAAGAGCUUGGUUGGAUGCUUAAGGAACGCCUUGGAUUGGACCCGAUUCGCAAACAAUUGUUGGAAACCGCAUUGGCUGGUCGGGAAUCCUAUGAUGUUGUGGAAACGGAGUGCCUUCGGUUGUUUCGUGAUUUGCACACCUCCGAUCCUCUUUACAAGGCCAAGCAUGCAGACAAGCCCCCGUUGUUGCAGAGAUUUUUGCAGUCGCGCAAUAGCAACACGUCGUACAGGUCCCCCAGUUCUGCCACUCGCUCUGUUCGUUCAUUCAGGUCACAGAGCUCAGCUUCAGCUUCGAGUCGGCCACCUUUCCGUCGGUUCGGAAACAGCGGUGCACCACCUCGUCAGGCUCUGGUGACAGAGCUGCCAGAGGAUGCUGAACAGUAUGAGCCCGAGCUUGAAGAAGACACUGAACUGAUUCCGGCUGAGGAAGCUUCACCCCAGUCGAUUGAAGAGGUACUUCAAGCCGAAGCUGAAUACUUGGCAAGCGAGAUCCAGGAGUUGGAGGACCAGGGUUGCGAAGCUUCAGUUUUGGAGGAGUUGGAAUCAGGCCUUGAACAGGCCGCUGAAAGCCUGGUGACCAUGCGUGAAGCCCGAAGCCGCAUUGCUGAAGUGAAGAAGGACCGCGGCUAUGGUAAGGCCGCAUCAUCAUCCUUUUCAGCUGGCAAGAAACCGCAUGGCAAUCAGGUUCCCAAGCAGAAGGCCAACACCCGUUGUUUUGAUUGUGGAGAACCUGGACAUUGGGCGGGUGACUCCGCAUGUGCAAAGCCCGGAGCUGGCUUGGAAAAGAAAGGCCGUGGCAAAGGUCUGAGCACUUCCUCUCCAGCGAAGCAAGUGCGUGUGACUGAAGCCCUCAACACGGAGCAUUUGUUGGAAAGUGAUGCAUUGGUUGAACCACCGGUUGAGCGUGAAGUGAUGAUGUUGACAACAUUGGUUGACAAGUCGGUUGACACAUUGGUUGACACAGAUGUGUUGGUUGAUCAAUCGGUUGGCAUGUCGUUGAAAGGACAGUCGGUUGCAAGGCGUGUCGAUUCAUUGGUUGAGCAUGAAGUGUUGACAUUGUCGGCAGAGACCUUUGGCCUGCCCUUGUCGGAAGUGCUGGCGCAAUCCCACGACAAAGUUGCAGCUACCUAUGAUGAUUGGCUCCACCCUUAUCACGGUCUGGGUUUCCAUUGUGCCGGUAGCGUCAUUGGGAUUAUUGUUGGGGAGAGAUUUUUGAGUGGGAUUGGUGCAGUGAUGUCGUUCGCUCGCAAGAAGCUUCGGGCGGACCUUGUCAACAAUGAGUUGCACGAUUUGGGUCAACUUGCUGCAGGACACUUCACCCUGCCUUUGCCACCAACGGGAGAUUGGAUGCGUCCGGGCACUCAACGCUGGCGAAGCUUUGGUCAAGAUGGUGUUGUCGAGAUGCAGUUGAACUGUCACGAUUGGUGGAACAAGAAACUUCUUUCUCGUUUAGCUCGUUUUGAUGUUUUGCAAGCACCUGCAGCACCGCACGAGCACCUGGUCACUGAACGUUCCUUGUCGGCAAUGGCUCAAGCGAUGACGGACACCUCAGGGAUGAUCGCCAAGUGGAGGCGCAUGGUGCUACGACAGCGGGCUCGCGCCGAAUGGCACGGCCGUGGAUUGCUCUUAUGGUUGCUGCAGCGACCGCAUCUGCGGUAUGCUCCCUUCCCAUAUCCAAGCAUCUCGAACGUCAAGCAGUGGGAGGAACAAGCGGUCUCAAUGACUGCGCAGCGGCCCAAAGCCAUCCUCAAGGAGCACUACACGAGAAGCUGCAUCAACCAGGUCUACGAGACCAAGAACCUAGUGGAACUGGGUCAGUUCCGCAAUCGUGUUGGCCUGCAAUUCGCCUUCGUAGAGGACAGCCUUCUUCAAGGAAUGCUGGCAGCCCGUGCGAACAAGGGCAUCACUACGCAGUUGAAGAAAGAAGCUUUCCAAGAGGCUCAAAUCAAGGCAGCAGCGAUGAAGUCUCAGGAAGAUCAAGAAGCUGCCGUUCGACAGCUGAUCGGACCAAAGGGUGGCCUACCGUCACUCAAAGCCGACCUCAUUCGCCUGGCUGCCCUCCUCAACGUGACCCUCGACUCCAAGAUGACCAACGAGCAGAUCAAGGCGGCUUGCCGACCCAUGAUUGCCGAGCUCAUGGCAAAACCGAAGCCGAGCAGCAGCAGUUCAAAGAGCUCGACAGAUCCGGCAAUUCCCGCCUCUCAGGCGAAAGCCAAGCCUACCUCAGCGCCACAGGUGAUGGAGGCUCCACGUCGAUUCGACGGCCCGCAGAUGAUCUCAGUUCAAGAUGUUCACGAACUGCUGGCAGCUCAGGAUCAGAAGUUCCAGACCAUGCUGAAUCAGGUCAUGCAACACGUGACCUCUCAGCCAGUCCCCAAGGCAAUGGCUGGCCAUCCGAUUCUCACCGGAUGGGACGCUCCUCCAGACGAGACCAUGGAGGACGGACGUUUUCAUGGCUGGACACCCGAGGAGAUCCGCCAGAUGAAUGCCGACCACAUUCAAGAAGAUCUGGAUUGGCGGAUGGCCAACGGCAUUCCUCCUCGGCAAGCUCAGCUGAUCUCAGAAGCCUGGAACAAGCACUGCCGAGACCGUCGUUUGGUAUCUCUGAGUGCCUAUGAGGUCAACGAGAUCUACGCUGGUGAAUGGGAAGCGACAGUGAAUGAGGCCCAAAACGAUGUCUUCCUGACCUCCGUUGUCAUUGGCCUCGAUGAUGACACCUCUCCGAAUGAAGACGCUUCUCAGAAUGUCAAGAAUCCAUCGAAUGCCAAGCUCACACCGAAUGUCAACAAGUUCAAGAAUGACUCCGGAAAGUUCUUUUUUAAUGAUACGGCGACCACCGAGAUCUACACCACGACUCAGAGAGUCACCAAAGCUGCACAGCAACGUGGGCACGUCACCGGAUCACCUUUGUCAUUGGAAACGGGCUGGAAUUUCUUGCGGAGUCAUGACCGCGAGGUGGCUCGAAAGCUUUUGUCUAAGGAGAUCCCCUAUUUCCUGGUGAUUGCCUUCCCUUGCAGUUUUUGGAGCAUCCUCCUGAACCUGAAUCCUCCGAAGGAUCAUGAGAGAAGGCUGAAAGAAGCGAUGCAGUUGCUCCGCUUCGCUAUACAGCUGGCUCGUGAUCAACAUGCCCGUGGUUUGCACUUCGUUCUGGAGAAUCCUCAAAGCUCCAGAGCAUGGUCUUUGGAUGAGAUGCAAAAAGCCCUGUCUGCCUUGCAAGCUCGUUUGGUGGACUUCCAUCAAUGUCGCUUUGGCCUUCGAGGACGCAAUGGACAGUUGGUCCGCAAAGCAACUCGCUUGGCUACUUCGAGCGACUACAUCGUACAGACCUUAGAUGGCAUGAAGUGCUUGGGAAACCACGACCACGAGCACGUCAUCGGUGGAGCGCACAUCUCAAGACCUUCCGGUCACUAUCCAUGGGAGCUCGCCAAGACUCUCGUGAAGGGAAUGGAAAGGCAGUUUGAAGCCGAUUUCAAAAGGCCUCACCCUGGCAAUUUGCCUGGAUCGCCUCACUCCACCUUAGCUGUUGAAGAAGGAGAAGCUGAACAUUACCCCGCUGCACUCGAUGACAGCGAUUCAGAAGCAGAGCUUCCAGAUCUUCCUGAACCUAAAGGAGAUGCCAAACUUCCAGCUGGAGUGAAGCUAGCGCUCAAAAGAUUGCACGAGAACACUGGUCACCGUUCUGGAAAACGUUUAGCCAGAGCAUUGGCCAUUGCGGGUGCGCCAGCAGAUGUGGUGAGAGGAGCCUUGCACCUACGUUGCUCCAUUUGUGAUGAGCAGCGUGCUCCCAAGGCGAGGAGACCUACCAGUUUGCCUACGCCAAAAGAUGUUGGCGACCAGGUGUUCAUCGACAUCUUCGAGGUCUUCGAUCUCCAAGAGCGCCGUUACUAUGUGGUUCAUGCAGUUGACUUCGUGUCGCGGCUUCAAAUGGCCGAAUUGGUGGACCAGAAAUCCUCAGACAUGGCUUUGGUGAAAGCACAUUCAGUGAGCGCACGAGAUGACAUGGACGUGUGCAUUCAAGAGGCUGUAGCUGCUUACAACAGCGACAUGACUGAUGCCGGUGUCACGCCCAAUCAGGCCGCUUUUGGCCGUCAGCCUCGUCUCCAUGGUGACACCCUUGGCGACUUUGGAAGAAGGUUGAGCGAGCGCGGGCUAAUCGAGUCAAAGCCCAGCCUGGCUCGACAAGUGGCCAUCAGAGAGUCAGCCCGGAUUGCUAUGUUGAGAAUGCACUUCUCCAAAGGUCUUCGACGGGCCGAAACAGCCAGAUCGAGAACAUCCACCAUUGAGCACAACCUUCAACCUGGGCAGAUAGUCUACUUCUACAGGCAGACUCGCUACAACAACAAGACCUCAGGUUCCAAGAAGCGCCUCAGUCUUCGACGAUGGCAUGGACCAGCUCUUCUCAUUGCUUUGGAGGGCCACACGAACGGCUUCGUGAGCUAUCGGGGCCAAUUGACAAAGUGCGCUCUAGAACACCUGAGGGCUGCGAGCACUAUGGAACAAGUGGCCACCUCUGUCUGGGAAGAUGCUAUUCAAGAAGUGAUUGAGGCAGCUUGCCACGACCAGUCCAGGAACUCUGAAGUUCGAGAUUCCGAAUCUGCAGUACCAGAAACAGCACGUCGUGAAGGGCAACCUCAGGAAGUGUUCGAACCUGAAACUCCAGUGAUCCCUCAAGCUCAAGGAUUACCUUCGUCCGCAGCUCCACAUGAUCUUCCUCCUCUUCAACCGCAGGAGAUGGUGGCUGGAAUGUCUCGAGCCUUGACACCAGGAGCUGAAGGAGCUUUUGGAUCGAGCACCAGAAGGAGCUCUUCAGUGAUGAGACCGAGCUUUGACCUAUCUCAGUCUCCGUUUCCGCAAACUCUUCAGAAAGCACUGCUCCAAGCACAAGAACGAGCAACCGAAGUUCCUGUUCCAGAAGCUGGCAAUAAACGCUCGGCUGAGCUUGAUGCUGAACAACUUCGGGAAGAAGUUCAAGAGGCUGAUGAGAUUCCACCUCCGGCGACUUCAGUCACUGCUCCUCAGUCCAGUGAAGUGCUGAAUGUGACCGCUUUGCCUUAUGAGGUGAUGGAACUACAAGCGAAAGCGGAACUCCAUCCUCUUAGACAACUACAAGCCUUGGCUGCUAUGGAUCGUCGCGAUCCUCUCGGAAGCAAAGUGCUAGAUCAUGGCACUUGGCGUGGUGAUUGGCCACUCCCUUCAAGGACAACCUGGCAAAGAAUGAAGCUUCUUGGUCAGACUUGGCCGCUUGGCAACCACGAAGCUGCUUCUGAAGUCCUUGCCGUCCUCACGGCCAGGAAGGAAAAGUCCUGGAACUCUUUGACAGAGUUUGAGAAAAAGGAAUUCCAUGCAGCCGCCCUCAAAGGCUGGCAAGUCUGGACAGACAAUGACGCAGUCGAGAUCCUUCCAGAUGAUGAAGCAGGGCGCAUUCGUGCGCGACUGAGAGCUGAGAACCAAAGUCACCGCAUCUUGGUCCCUCGUUAUGUGAUGGUGGACAAGAAUGACGGCCUUCGAACGGAGACCAAUCAGCUUCCCUUGCUGGCGAACGCUCGCCUGGUGGUCCCCGGGUACCAGGACAUAUCGGCCUAUGGCAUCAGACGCUACGCCCCAACAGCGUCAAGGACAAGUCAGCAUUUGCUCCUGGCCUACACGGCUUCAAGCAAGUGGAGUUUGUGGUCAGCUGACAUCAAGUCGGCCUUUCUCAAGGGUGAAGAGUUUGGGCCUGAAGAAAGGAUCCUUUACUUGGCCAACAUCCGGACCAAGCAUGCUGAUGAACCCACCUUGCCCUUCUCACCUCAUGGCCUAUGCAGGGUCAAGAAAGGCAUCUUCGGCUUGGCAGACAGUCCGCGCCGAUGGUACCAGCGGCUCAACAAGGCGGUGAUCAAACGAGGCUGGAAGAUCUCGGUGCUAGACAGCGCCAUGUGGAUGCUAUGGAGUGAAGAUGGCUCCGAGUUGGAAGGCAUCAUGUUGUCCCACGUGGAUGACCUUUUGAUGGGUGGCAAUGAGCGUGCUCAAAAGACCCUAGAAUCUCUGGGUCAAGAACUGGGCUUUGGAUCCAUCUCCAACAAGUCCUUUGUCUACUGUGGCAAAAAGAUAGAGCAGCUCGAUGAUGGCACCAUCUCCGUGUCCAUGGAGGAGUAUCACUCGAACUUGCAGCAGGUGAAGAUAUCUCCAGAUCGAAAGAAGACACCAGAUGCUGCGCUACAUCCUUCAGAACACAAGCUUCAAAGAGUUUGUAGAUCAACCUUCGCCGCUGAAUUGCUCGGCAUUGAGGAGGCCAUGGAUGCAGGACAGUACUGCAGAGGAGUGCUAGCUGAGGCCCAUGGCUAUGCCUUGGAUAAGAAGCCCUUCGAGGUGAGCACAGAUUCCAUCUCCAUGGUGGUUGUCACCGACUCCAAGGAUGCCUACGACAAAGGGUCGAGCUCAACCCCGUCGUAUGGGUCGCAGAAGUCACUUGCCUUCACAGUGGCUUGGAUCAGGUCCAUGCUGGCCCGGUGCAACACGAUGUUGCGUUGGACAUCCACCGAGAACCUCUUCGUGGAUUGCGGAACGAAGGACAUGGAUUCCGCCCACCUUUUGCGGAUCCUCGAUGCAUGUUGGCACAGAAUUUCAGAAGACUUGGCAGUGCAUGUUUGCUCAAAUGCCCGCUCCUUUCGUUCUCCCAAGCCACGCUUCAAAGUGGACUCACUUCCGUACAGGUUCACCUUUGCCUGUCUAGAGGGAGCUCACGCCUUGACCUGGCGAAGCCUUGAAGAAGGCAUUGACAUGCGAGAUUUGAAGAACCUUCGUGCCAGUCUCGGCACCUGUGCAUCGAAGCUCAUUAGUUGCUUCAGCACGCAUCCGAUUGCUGAGCGCACCAAGGCCAUUCAGCAGGAGGCCAAGCUGCCAGGAACAGCUGGCCCGAACAGCUCCGGCGCCUCCAAGGAGCAGCUCCGCGAGGCGCUGGCAGCUCGCAAGGCCAAGUUGAGGAGUCAGUUUGUGGCAGCCUUUGUUUCGUGGGCGGUGAUUGAAGCCUACCAGGCCGCACGAGAUGCGGACGCCCAGCAGGAAGAUGCCUCGUCCUUCUUAGCUGUGGUGCAGAGUCCUAAGGCAUUACGUGCUGACAGUGCUAAGGUAGAGAAAGCGCCUAUUGUAGUUGAGCUCACCAGGACCUACAGUGGUGAGGGCUUGAACUGGCGCAAUUCGGCCUAUGUGGGUGACCUCUUCAUCGGUUCGCCAAAGAUGCAACGCCUUCGGGUGAGCUUUGACACGGCCUCCGGCCAGGUCAUCAUUCCAUCCAGCAGAUGCCAAAGUUUAGCAUGCAAAGAGCACCAGCGCUUUGCAAUCGGCGCCAGCUCCUCAGCGAAGGAAGUGAACGCCGACGGCACCCAGGUGCAGAUGCUACCCGGAUCACUGAUGAUCCGCCGGGAUGCAAUCACAGUGGGUGUCUCCAGCAUCGACCAUGGCUCUGGCAAUGCUUUUGGUGAUCUCCUCUUAGACCUAGUCUGUCUGGGAGGCCCACAGCAUUGCACAGAGUUGGGUUUGGUGGCAGUGACCAACAUGAGCGACGUGCCCUUCCGUGCCAUGGUCCAAGAUGGGAUCGUCGGCUUGGGCAUGAGCCAGUUGGCAGCAAAUCCAAUCUUCCAUCCGCUGAGCUGCUUCCAGUCAAACCUGUCCAAGUCCUUCUCACUGUGGCUUGGGGCCGAGCGUGGUCAGCUGUCCAUCGGCAUAGGCAUGAGCCACAUGAGCUCCUUGAACUGGAUCUCCGUGCUCCGCCCAGAGGAGGGCUACUGGCAAUUUGCUCUUCAUGGCUUGCGGAUCGGGAACCGGACGGUGGCCUGCUCCAAUCGGAUGGGCAACGAAAGCAGUUGUCGCGCCGUCAUUGACACCUCUGCGGCCGGCGUGGGUUUGCCCCCUGCCAUGUACCAGCGAUUGAUGGCAGCAUUGAAGGAGAAGGUGUGCGAUGGACCGCAAGUGACCUUUGAGGUGGAGGGGCAGAUGCUGCACUUGGACGCCCAGGAUUACCGGGACUCCAGUUGCGAAGCCAUGUUUGUCCCCACCGACCUGCCCGAAACCUUCAAGGACGUCUUGAUCCUGGGACAGCCAUUCCUACGGAAGUAUUUCACGGCCUUUGACGGCGAGACUAGGAGUGUGGGCUUCGCCUUGGCCGCGCAGAUCGAGGUCCCGCCCACCGUCAGCCCCUCGCCAUUGGCGCUGGCAGAGGCAGGCUACCAGCUUCUCAGUGCAAAAGAAGCCAUGGAGCUGGAGACACGAGAUGACUGGCGGGCAGAAGUGCAGCUGUCCCCAGAGGCAGCCUUUCAUCAGACCAACAUUUUGGCUGCUCUGCUGCUGCAGGUCCUAAUCAUGCAGGUGGCCAUGAUUGUGGUCUUCAUCAGCUUCAAUGCGCGAAGCCAGGAGCAGUUCACAGGGCGCGCGGCCUUUGCUCGUGUGAGCGCAGCGCUGCAGAACUGGUUCGGCCUGAAGAUUUUCCGAUCCAACCACCUUGCCUCCUGGCUGCUGGCGAUUCGCCCCAUCCCACCUCAAGAGGCAGAGUGUGUGGUCUGCCUGGGUGUUCGCGAUGAGGAGGCACAUCCCGGAAGCGAGCCAGCUUGGUGUGAGCUCCGAUGUGGGCAUGUCUUCCACCAGGAGUGCAUCGCUGAAUGGCUGGUCAAGGUGCAGAGUUGCCCCGUGUGCCGCAGCAGCAUCUAUGCCCGGAAGGAAGUGCCUCAGCCCCUGCAGCCCAUGGCUUCCAUCGAGCAGGAUGCUCGCAGGCAUUCCCACGGGGUGGCUGACAGCGUUGUGACCAUCUUGCGAGAUGGUGUGGAGGUCUUUGAACUUGAUCGCCCCAAGCCACAGGCGAAAGAUGUACCUGCCAAAGUAAAUGCAGGUCGGUCCCAUUUGGACGUCAAGCGAAGGAGGCCGCGCGAAGAUGCGAGGCCCCAGAACCUUCAGGAGCGCCGGAGGUAUGAGGGCCAUGAGUCCCCUCGAAGAAGUGGCAGAAGUCGCGGCGCGAGGGCAUAG